CCGGGCUCUCGGAGUCCCACGCCACCGUCGAGUCCCCUCCCGUCUCCAGUCUCCACCGAGCCCGCCCUGCUCCAGCCUCCACACCCCCCCCCCCCCUCAUCCACGGAAGAGUAGUAGUCGCCGUCUUGCUCCUCCCCUCUGCUGGACCGGUGUGGACUGGAGAUCCCAUCGCGACCUGGAUUGGCUUCCUCUUUUGUUGCAUUCCCAUCAGGCAUCAGGAGAAGCGAUGUCAGGAGUGAUCAUGAAGUUCGCGGUUACAUCCAUGGUGAUGUGGAUGGCCCCGGUUGCGAUCGUGUAUGGGUUUUACUACCAGAUAAUUCCAGGUGUGAGCCAGUUGUCAUCCUCGACACAGACCCUGGCCAGCGGUUUCCUUGCCGUCAUAUCAGUUAAUCUGGUCAUUGGCUUUUACAUAUGCAUGGCAAUGAAGGAGACUCCCCACCAGGAGCCACAGCCAGAUCCAACCUUCCUGGCGAACGCUAAAGCAAGUAUUAACCAGCCAACAUCUUCUCAAGCGAGUGAUGAAUCCAAGGGGAAGGGGAAGGUUGAGUAAGCAGUACCGCAGGUUGACUUGGUUCUUGUGUAUGUUAAGCGUGUGUUAUUCAGGAAUAGCAGCCACAUCCUUUUAAAUUGAUGAUUUCACUGUAAAUUUUGAGAGUUAAGGUUAUGGAACCAUAUGAUGGACCUUUUGUACCCGUUUACUAUGGAUACUGUGUUAUUAGUAUGCUUAUAUGUAUGUUUGGUGCUAGACGGAUAGCUAUAUGGUUGUUAACUGCUGUUUUGGUGA